CGUUGAUUAUAUAAAUAGUAAAGAUGGCGGCUUCUUGUUUGCUCCGAGCCGUCCUCAGCCGAACUCUGAGCCGGUCCAGAUGUUCUGGAGGCUUCAGGUGGCCUUUGACCUCUGCUCGGGUUGUUCCUGAAGCGGGACGCCGCACAGCAUGCUGGGAAGCUGAAAGCAGACGUGAAGACGGCACAAAAUGCCACCGAAGAAGAAGAGGAGGUUUGUGGGCGGCAGUCGCGUUCUCCCUGUUCCGCUCCACCGAUGAGGACCAGAGGGACGAAGCUCAGAGGAAGGAGGACGACAUCAUUCUGCUGCUGAAGAAAGCCAAGCUCAGCGUCCAUCGAGGAAAUCUGCAGGCGGCUUCGUCCUUCUUCCAUCAGGCCGUCGCUCUCGCUCAGCAGACGCACAACAACCAGGCCAUCAUCUACACCUACAGCCAGCUGCGUCCUCCUCAGAUGGCGAACCUGGCCUACGUUCAGGGUCAUCUGGACAGUGCAGAGAAGCUCUUCAAAGCAGCCAUGAGCUACAUGCUCGCUGGAGGAACUCCAGAGGACGACAACGCUGUCAUUGAGAUGUCUCUGAAACUGGCCACCAUUUACGCUGAGCAGAACAAGGCAGAGCUGGCCGAACACGGUUUCAGGUUCUGUGUGGAAUCACUAGAAGCUAAACUGGAGAAGCACAAGAAGCAGCCAGAGGACGAGAAGACAGGUGAGACAGAGGAGACAGAGCAGCAGGAAGCUCUGAGGAAAGACACUCACCUUCUGCUGGGUUUGUGUUUGGACUCACGAGCGCGGUACCGAGUCUCAAGGAUGGAUCUGGACCUGGCUGGACACGACUACAGGAAAGCCCUGGACAUCUGCCGCCAGGAGCAGGGACAGGACCACCCACAGACUCUGGUCCUGAUGAGCGACUUGGCCACCAUCUUGGACCUGCAGGGUCGUCAUGACGAUGCAUUGGUUCUGAUCCAGCAGGCGGUGGACCUGAGCGUCUCCGUGGAAAACCCCGAUCACCACGUUCUCCUGGAGAACCUGGCAGGAAUCCUGCUGCACACAGGCCGGCUGGAUGACUCUGCCCGGUUCUAUCAGGAGGCUCUGGACCGGGCCCAGCAGGCAGGAGACCGGGCCGCGCUGGAGCGGAUCCAGGACGGGCUGGAGGAGCUGAGGAAGAGGAGGAGCCAGACGACAAAGGACGAACAGGACUGACCCGGGUCUGAAGGCCCGGUUCUGAAGGCCCGGUUCUGAAGACCCAAAUUUGAAGGCCCGGUUCUGAUGACCAGCUGUGGGUCAUCAGAACGUGUCCCAUUGUUCUUUUCAUCAUCUCUCCAGAACUUCUGAUCCAUAAUGUGGUUCUGUUAAAAUUGUUACCGAGUCGAUUCAGCUCUAAGUUUUGGGAUUAGCAGUGUGUGUGUGUGUGAGUGAGUGUGUGUGUGAGUGUGUGUCUGUGUGUGUGUGUGUGUGUGUGUGUGAGUGUGUGUGUGUGUGUGUGAGUGUGUGUGUCUGCGUGUCUGUGUGUGUGUGAGUGUGUGUGUGUGUGUGUGAGUGUGUGUGUCUGCGUGUCUGUGUGUGUGUGAGUGUGUGUGUGAGUGUGUGAGUGUGUGUGUGAGUGUGAGUGUGUGUGUGUGUGUGUGUGUGUGUGUGUGUGUGUGUGUGUGUGUGAGUGUGUGUGUGUGUGUGUGUGUGUGAGUGAGUGUGUCUGUGUGUGAGUGUGAGUGUGUGUGUGUGUGUGUGUGUGUGUGUGUGUGUGUGAGUGUGUGUGUGUGAGUGUGUGUGUGUGAGUGUGUGUGUGUGUUCAGGUUCCCACAGGUGAGUCAUCUUGCUGUGUUUACGGAGUGCGUCUCCAUGACGACAGUGAGCAGCAGGGGGCGGGGCAAAGAACAAUUGUAUGUUGUGACAACAUGAGUUUAAAUAAAUGAUGUUUGGUGUUUA